GAAUAAUAUGGCAGCCAUGUAGAAGGCCGGGUUCAACCAAGAACUACCGAAAGAAGCAUCGACUUUUUCCAUGAUAUACCGUAAAUAAAUGUUAGCAUUUAACACGUUAGAAGUGGUAAGUUUCCGUAACUGUUUCAAACAUAUAUUAUAAACGUGUAAACGUAUGUAACCUACCACAUAACUUAAAUAAUUAAUCAAAUCUUCGACGAUGUGACUUAACUAAAAUCUUUAUUUCAUUUUUACCAUGAUUCGAUUCAUGCUGUGUAACUGUUUUGGUGCCAGAAUGACUGACUCAUCAACCCAUGGUAGAGUUAUAAUUAUUCAAAAUGAGAUUAAUAAAACUAUCAAUAGGCCUAAACAGAGCUAGUCUAUCUCAUUAGUUUUCGUUUUGUUCAAAUUUUUAGUAAUAAUUCACUAUACACUAUAAUAAAGUCUAGUCUAAAUAACUUUAUAACAGAAUAUUUAGGAUUUAGCCUUGGGCUUUAGCCUACUUACUUUAGGUGAGUAAAAAUAAAUACUAAAAAUUAGGCUACCAUUUCAUUCUUUCUUUAUUUAAUAAGAAGGCAUACAUGAGCCUAAAUGUUUGAUAAUAAUAUUAUUAAUACAUUUUGAACUUGCCCAGUCAAGUCCCAGGCCCUUCCUUGAAAUUGGAAUGUAAUAAAAAAAAUGAUAUAAAAAAUGUUAUAACCCUAUCUGAUAAUUAAUAUGGCCUAUAAACUAAACUAUAAGCCUGGCCAUGGCCAUAGGGAAUUAUAAUAGAGCUAAUUAAGUAUGUUUUCAUUUAGUUUAGGCUAGGAGGCCAUCCAUAAUAAGCAACGUCGCACGUCAAGCGCGUCACGAAUCUGUGACGAUGUAUGAUUCAUGUGGCUAAUUGUUACAAUUUUUUAAUAAAAAGGUGGGGGUCAACAAGUUCAUAACCAGGUGUCUGUUGUUUUACACCCUCAUAUCAUUUUGAUCAUGUUCAUUUGUGUCAGUCUAAAUGCGCACUGUGGCCUAGUUUGUGUAACUGCAUAUGGGAUUUCAUGAUUUUGCAUGAUCUGCAUAUAACCUUUACAAGUAGGGUUAAGCUUCAUUUAUUUAUGACAAAACAAAGUAGAAUAUGUAUGCUAAAACCAGACCUGUUUACUCUUACGAUUUUGACAUGCAAUCCAAGUUUUUGAGAUGUAUUUUACAGUUGACAAUUGUACGCAGAGACCUGUCAGAACUAAGAUUUUAUGCGACUCUGGUUUAAAAAAAUGUAUCCUGGUGGUUUUUUCGAUUAAAAAAAAUAUUUCUUUGGGUGUUAGUUUUAGCUCCUUUCUACGCCUGGCGGUGAAUUGGACAGAUCAAUACGAUUGGUUCGGGACCAUCAUUAAUUAUAUUACAUACGUACUGGGAGGGGAAAGGCGUGGUGUUGACUAGGAAACGUGUGUGCAUAAGAGGUGUUGGGGGGUAUCUAAAUAUUUUUAAAGGCUACAAAUAACAUUACCACAUAUAAUGAUCAGCAUAUUCAAAUUAUUUCUUUUUGUAUACACAAUGAACUUGCUCGAUGCAGCAACAGUUAUGUUUAGUGUAUUCGCCCUAGUUAAAAAUUCAACAUUCAUUUUUUUUUUUGUUGCUACAGUGCUGUAUGUAUGAUGUAAUUUUAUGACAUGGCCUUAUUAGUUUGCUCUUGGGCUGAACGGCAGCGAUUGCAAAUUUGUAGACUGUAGAAAACUACAGAAUAAAACAAAAUGCAUUAGAUUUUAUAAGAUCUAGACUAGUUAUUGGCAUUUGAAAUCUAUUUUUAAAAGUCACUAAGCAGCUGUAGAAUUAUAAUACACCACGACUCCUCUUCCCUUCUCCCAAUUCAGCUUGAGGUAGUUAUUAGACUACAAUAUGUUAUUGUAAAAUAAAAUCGGGCUCAUAGGCCACAUUAAAUAUUGUGUCCCGUCGAAUGAAUCACAAAAGAAGUUAUUUCUUCAAUCAGUAAGCAAUUAUUUUCCUCUUAGCAUAAAAGCAAAUUUGAAAUAUAUACACAUCAUUUUUUUUAAAGGCACGCACCAUUUCAGUGGGCUGAUUAAAAAAUAGAUUGAAAAAAAUUAUUAAUUUUAACCCAGUUUUACUAUUUAGUAACACCUAAAAUGAAAAGGAUUAUAUGAAUACAGCUAAGUAUGUGGACCCUAAUUUUAUUACAACCAUUAUGAUUAAGUGUAGAAUGAUGCAAAACUAUAUUCAGGUAUACAGGAAAAGUGCAUCCCUGGAUUUUGAAUUGAUGAAAAAAAAAUUCCUUGUAAGGGGUCAGCCUCCUCCCAAACCCCACCCCCAAACCCCACCCCCACAUAAUAUGCUCUGGAGACUUUGGCGGGCAUCCUCAAUUUACUCUCCUCCACCACAUUUUCGUCUAAUUGGAAUAUGACGGCACCAUUUUAUUUGCAACAGUGCACUGUAUAUAAAUAUAUACUUUGAAAAGUGACAUUUAUUAAUUUGUGUUGGGAAUAGUUAUUGUGUACAUAUUGACUGUAUGUUUAUUUAUUUACUAUUAAGGGAUUUUGAGAUUAUAAAGUACUAUUCAGAGACCAUAUUGUAUUAAUUUGGUAGUUCUGGUGUAACCUAGUCUGUAAAGCUCUUUUUCUUAUGGUAUAAAAUACUAUAUACAUUACUGAAAUUUUCAAGUAUUCUUUAUAUUAUAAAACUGUAUCAUUCCAGACUGGCUAUUAACUUUUUAUCUGAGGGCUGGAAAAAUUAUACUAAUUAUCCAAAUGACGGACAUGGCCCAAGGUCGCCCAAUUAAAUGUGUUGUUGUUGGAGAUGGCACUGUGGGCAAGACCUGUAUGUUAAUUUCAUAUACCACUGACAGUUUCCCAGGGGAAUAUGUACCAACUGUGUAAGUAAUUGUUUCUAUAUUUAAAAAAAAGACUAUUUUGUGUUAUUUUUCUCAAUAUUUUGUGUAAGUGUUAAUUUUAAUUUCUACUGAAGAGAUAAAGAAUUUAAAAAAUAACAAAGAAUUGUUAUUUUAAUUUCUUCCUUACCUGAUUUAUCUUUUCAGGUAUAAUAAAUUCUGCAACUCCAAGGGUUCUAACUCUUUGUUUUGAAACAAUAGAAAGCUCUAGAUUUAUAUCAAUGAAUAAUAAAAAAAAAACAUUAAAAUUACACAAUGACAGACACUUCCCUCUCUGUAAUUUCAUUUAUUUAUUCUUUUAAAAUGCUUCUUUAUGUUUUAUUUAUUUUAAAAAGUUUUGACAACUAUACUGCCAAUAUGAUGGUGGAUGGUAUACCUGUGAGUCUAGGGCUCUGGGAUACAGCAGGGCAAGAAGAUUAUGAUAGACUUAGACCCCUUAGUUAUCCUCAGGUAAUUAUUAUUAUUUAAAAUUUACUUUAUAAUUCAAAACAGUUAAUUACUGUUAUAAGCUUUAAAUCAUGUGUUUGAUAACUUGGAGGUAUCACUCACAUAAUAGAGUAUUGACAUAAGAUUCACAGGUAUCGGUCUUGUGUUUAUCCUGUGUAUGCAUGUUUUGACUAAUCUUAUACCGUAUAAGAUAAGAUUCUUUAUUGAUCUAUAUAAAUGGAAAUGUUUUUUUAAAAAUUAUAUUGUUCAUCAUAUUCAUUUUCAGCACAUAAAUAAAUACAUAUUUAAAGCAAGUCAACAUUUUACAAUGAUAAAAAUUUAAAAACAAGACAUCUAAAGUAUUUCUCUACCGUGGGAAUUAGCCAUCAAUAAACUGCUUUAAUGACAAUAAUGACUGAAUUAGUGAUCAUUUACAUGGGGUAACUGUACUUAAUUAUAUUUUUUUUCCUUGACAGACUGAUGUAUUCCUCAUAUGUUUUAGUGUUGUGAGUCCGUCUUCAUAUGAGAAUGUAUUAACUAAAUGGAAUCCUGAAAUUAAACAUCACUGUCCGGAAGCACCCGUUAUUGUAGUUGGUAAGAACUUCUCCAACAUGAAAAAUAUAAAUAAUUCUUUAGUUUUUUUUUUAGAAUUGGUGAAAUCAUUUUAUGUUAACCAAUUUUUACUGAAAAAUACAAUUUUUAAUCAUUUUUAAAAAUAUAAGACUUACUCAUGAUUGAAUUAAAAAAAAAAAGUUCUUUCACACAAUGCAAAUCUCAGAGUCACUGUGACUUAGCUACAUUUAAUAUUCUUGGAAGGAUCUGACCUCAGCUUGGCAUACAUUUUUAUGACUUUACUGCUUCACUUAAGCUGGUUGUUGAUUAAAAAAAAACCCAAGAAAUCUUAACUCUAUGAUUUUCAGUUUCAUUUAUCAUUUAAGAUUCAGCUAUUUCAUAUUUUAUGUCAAUAUAUUUAUACUGUGUAAACAUAAUACAGGUAUUACUAACUUUUUCUUGGACCGAUACAUGUAAUUUUCUUCCACAAUGCCUCAUUUUCAUUUCCUCAUUGUAUGGUCCAUCCACUACCUUUUCAGUAUAUCUAACUUCUCAUUUCCUGAUCAUUCCCAUAAGAUCUCUUACCAAACCUUUUUUAAAAAUGGAUAUUGCUCUAACUUCUGUUGAUAAAAAAUGUAUAAUCUCUUGGUAAUGAGUUAGGUUGUUCUUGGUGUUUCACAGCUAAAGAGAAGAACAAACUUUAUUUCCGAGUGGAACAUUUUCAGAAUUGUUUUUCCGCUUACCAUUACAGGAACUAAAAUUGACCUCCGAGAAAAUAAAGAAACUAUUGGGAGUCUGACAUCACAAGGUCUUAAUCCUGUCAAACGGGAGCAGGGCAUUAAGCUAGCCAAUAAGAUCCGUGGUGUCAAGUACAUGGAGUGCUCUGCUCUUACUCAACGAGGACUUAAGCAGGUUGGAUUAAAUUGCUGUUUUAAUUGAAAUGCAAAUUCUCUAUUCCAUUCAUGAUAGGGUUUAUACAUUUUAAUGAGAUAAUUUAAAUUGGAGAAAAGUAGAUUUUGGUAAAAAUAAAGGAUCAUCACAGUACAUGAAAAAAUGUAGAUAACUAAACUUAAUUGAAUUGUAUUUAUUUUAUUUUGUUUGGUUGCUAAACAGAAUUCUAAUACAUUUGAUCCAUAAUCUUUUAAGGUGUUUGAUGAAGCCGUGCGUGCUGUGCUGCAGCCUCAACCAAUCAGAAGAAAACAACACAAGUGCACCAUGCUGUGAUGAGGUGGCCAUUUUAAUUGAUUUGCAUGUAGAGACGAGUGUGAAGAGAAAGCAAGUGCAAUCAGGAGAUGUGACAAGAGUGUAGAUGCUUGUAUGUAUGGUGUGAUUUGCUUGCGUGUGAACUGAACUACUGAAUGUAUCCCUCUAGGUACCAUAUAUAAUUAAAUUGCAUAUUAGUUUAUGUAACAAAUACCCUGCAUAUUAGUUCAUCCUUUAUUUCUCAAGUAAUUUAUUAUUAUAUUGUUUUUUUAUUUGUUUGUUUCGUUUUUAACGAUCGAGAAAUCCACUUCUUUUUAAAAAAAAAAAAUUAAUAGUGCGCUUUUAAAGAUAUCUUAAAAAAUCUGUUUUAAUGUGCAUCUAAUGAAGUAAAACAUUUAUUUAGACGAUAAAUUAACUGAAAUCAUUAUUUCUUAUUAAAUUGAUGUGGACUAAAAAAAAUUAAAUGGGAACCUGUUAAUUGUACUUCAUUUUAAUUUCCAUUAACAUUUAUAUAUUUGUUUGUCAGCAUAUUAACCUAAAGUUUAUACUGAGUCAUUUCUAGGGAUAAAUUUCAAGUCAAUGUAUUUCAUACCACAUGUGUGAAUGUCAUUGUUUUUGUAUGCAAUUUAAAAAAAAAAAUCAUUUAGUUCAUAUUUUGAAAUGACAUUUUUCAUGUGCUAAUAUGUCAAAUAUUCAAGCAUUUUGAAUGCUUUUUGAACUUAAUGCAAUUAGUGGUCAAUGUUUUACCGCUCUUGACUAAAAUUUGAGGAAAGGUAUGCAAAAUUUAGAUAGCAGAAAAAGACAUUUCAGAUAUGGGUACAACACUCUAAAAAUACUUUUUUUUUUCCCAAUUAUAUUAAAGAUCUAGGGGUUUCCCCAUGUCCUAUUAAAAUAUUUUUUAAAAUUGUAUUACUGGUAGUGAAAAGUACAUUCAUAUCAUGUGAUUUAACUGAAUUUUGGAAAAGUUUGUGUCACUUCUGUUAAGUUUUUCAUUGGCUCCUGUAAUAUUUGGAAAUCCUGACGCAUUAAGAGAGCCAGAGCAAGCAUGUGUUUGUUUCAGUGGAAAGCAAACAACCUGGAAAUAUUUUCAAAUUUAGCUCAGAAGUUUUAUGUUUCAAUGAGGUAUUGUUAUCACAUGAACUAUGUCAGUGAAAACCAAGCCAUAAUGGUUUAAAGCUUUGCCAUCCUGUGUAUGAUCAUGUGAAUAAGAAGCUGUGUACCAGCAACUGUCAAAAAUUUUUCCCGUCAACCAGGCAACCACAUGUAGUCUGUCCUAUCUUUACAACAAUGUGUGCUUUCUGUUUGCACUUCUGUUAAUUUCCGUGAUGCUAUUUAGUUGCCUUGUCUGACCUUAAGGUAGAGCAACUUUGAAAAUCCCUAUUGACACUUUAAUCUGUUUUUUUAAAUUUCUUUAAAUGUAUUAGUUUUACAGUUUUUGAAUGCCUAAGGUAUUCUUUAUUGUGUUUGGAAAUAGAGUAUCCAGCUUAGCUAAGUACUUUUGCUGGGUGUAUCUGCACUAAAAGUUAUUUCACAAAUAAUUAACUUUAGCAUUUAAAUUUUUUUUUUUUUAUGUUAAACUCUUUAUAAAAUUACUUGUAUAUUUGCAGUCAUGAAGUUAAAUAGCACUGAUAAAGAAAAAAACAAUAACAUAAAUAUAUCUCUGUAAACAUGUAAAUUUUGUCACUUUGUACUAUACUACAGUUUACUGCUCAACUUAUUUUCUUUGUCAAAAGACAGACAAGCAAUUUUUUUUUUAAUUCAUGUAAUUAUGUACAGAUGUUUAAUUUCAAAACCCUCAAACUCAAAUAUUUGUUAGUUUAAUUUAUUAUGAGUAGUUUUCCCAGGAAGAUACAAUGUAAAGGAACAUACAAGUUUCAACACCCACCAAAUUUCUCUUUUCAACUUAUUUUCAAGGACAUGGAAUGGAAGACACAUGAGUAUUUCUGUCUUUUUUAAUUAAGUUUGUGUGAUUCUUUGCUUAAUGUGCCUCGGUUUUUGUUUUAUUGGUGAAUAUAUUGACAAAAGGAAAUUGAAAAAAAAAAAGCCAUCAUAUGUACUUGAAAAUGGUUACUAUAAACUUUAAUUAACUCCAAAAAUAGUAUACUGGAAGCUUUAUUUUAAAAAAAAUUAUUCUUUAUAUUAUUUAGAAGAAUUUUUGUAUUCUUAAUUCUCUAUACUAGAGUUCGUGAAAAUUUUAUAUUGAAGGUUUAAUUUUUAAAAUGAAAUUAAGUCAAGCCUUCAUGCAUAUUAGUUAAUAUUAUUACCAACAGAUUUUGACAUAAUAUUAAAAAUCUCAUUUUCUGUUUUUCUUUAAAUUUUGUCCACUGCAACACACCUAUUUAAACCAAUUUACUAUGUACUGUACAUGACAUGGUAUGUGUGCAAUAUUAUUAGUGCAAUUUCUUCCGUGGCAUUUCAAAUUGAAGGGUUCAAACAAGGCAUAUCACUGUAUGUUUUUUUUUUUAACCCAUCACUGUAAUAACAUAAGAGUUCAUGUAAAACAUUCAAGAAAGCUUUGGCCAGUAUUUUGUUUUAUUCACUUAGUGAAUCUCAGCAAGCAGUUACAUCUGUUUUAGGUAAGCUAUCAAUGUAGCCUUUUUUGUCCUGCAUUUUGGGAGCAACAGUUUGAAAAAAAUAAUAAUAAAAGUGCUACAGUAUUAUUUGCAAUUGACUUUCUUACAAUGAGAGAACUGGCUUUGGUCAGGGCCAUAGCCAAUGUGGAUUCAGAUAUUUUUAGUUUCAAGAUCUGCAUCAUUUUCAACAACUGGAUUGCACUUGUGGUCAAGAAUGUGAGUAAGGCUGUCCUGUAACAGUGCAAGCUAGCUGGUUUGUUAAAUAAUGAAUUUAUUAUGCAUUUAUUUUAUAACUGAAUACUUUUUAACCGCUUGUAUUCAAAUCCCGAAGCCAGUUAUUUUAUACACUUACUCUCUAGUCUAUUAAAUUUAUUGAGAAUUUUUUUUUUUUUUAAAGUUGAUUUUUAAUCUUUUAUGAAUAAUGUUUGUGGAGACUCAUGUUUACAUUUAAUAAAGCUCUUGAAUUAUUGUUAUGAGACAAGAAUUUUUAAAAUGAAUAGGAGUGUUUUUUAAAACUAAUAAAACCAAUUUUGUUAAAAUUCAACUAAUACUACCGAUCAAUGUUCCCUUUAAGCAGCGCAGCAGUUUUGAGUAUCCACGCAGCAAAUUUCUUUGUAAGCAUGUGUUUGUGGGCUGCAAAAUUUUGCACACAAAAAAAUUGAUGCUGUAAAACUUUGCACACAACUUUAUGAUUUUGCACACGAACCAACAAACCUUGGCGGGAACCUUGCUACCGAUGCAUUAAAACAUCUUCAAACAGCUCCUGUAACCAUUACUUCAAACUACAAUUGGAUAGUGCAAUGUUUGUUGUGAGCUACAGCGAUCCAUUGUUUUUUUUAUUGUUUUUGUUUGCCUCUAUAAUACUAGGUUGUGACAGUGAAGAAAAUUACAUUAGUUUAAUAAUCAUCUUGUAGUAAAAGAAGUUUAAGAAGAAAAAAGUGAAACAAACAGGAACAGUUUGCAUUCAUAAUUUUCUUUAAAUAAGUCUGAUAAGUUUCAUGUGGUAUUUUACUUUUUUAAACGCUGCUUCAUAUUUUUUGGAAUGCAUAUUUUUAAAGAUAGUACCUUAGAGUAAUUAGACUAAAGGUUGUGUCGUGUGCCCCACCCCCUAAUUUCUCCAACUGCAUUUUUAAAAUAGUAUUUAUAACAUCCAUAAAAAGGGCUAGUCGGACAGCCUGUCAAAUUAUUUAUAAUGAAUCUGGUUGCUUUAUUUUGUUUUCCUUUUAAACUGCCAUAAUUUGUGUGUGUGUGUGUGGAGAUAUUUAAGUAUUAAGAGAGAAAAUAUUGGACACAGACAUAAAUUUUACCCUCAUGAAGUUGAGAAAAUGGUGGCUUUAUAUAUUUUCCUUAUCCAGCAUGUUUCUCAUCAAAACCUGUAUGCAUACAUUGGAAAUAUUCCUUCCUUGGAAAUCAUAAUAUUGGUCAAAAGUACAGGUAGUAACCUUUUUUGAAGUUAGGAACGUCUGGUGCUAGUUCCUACGCAAGCUAGUCUUUGAGGAAAUGGUUUUGCCUUAAAUGGAUAGCAAUGUCAAUCCAGACCGUUGCAUGUACAGAUGGGUAAUUGAAUUCAUCUAUGCGUAAGUAACUUUGAUUAAGCUGUAGAUGAAUUUCCUCUUAUGUGAAUCAGAUCUGCCUUAAUAUUGGUGUUGUCUGUAAUACCAGCCAAAACUGUGGCUAAUGUAUUUUUUUCAUAUUUAUUUAAAUUAAUAUGUUAGGCUUUGAAAUGCAAUUUUGUUGUGUCUAUUACAGUAAAAAAAAAAGUUACAACCUAGAUCUACUUACUUUUGUACCUUGUGUGUACUUAUAUGUAAAAUAACAAAAAGGAAGUAUUAAUCCCAAAAUUACUUUUUAUCAAGUGUGUAGAAAGAUCUAUAUGAUUACAAGGUUAUCUACCUUAUGUAUUGAAGCACAAUGACAGUGGUUUUCAUACAUUUUUCCAUAUCUCAAAAACAGUUUCAUUACUAAUUUUGAAAUUUAAGUACAAAAAUACAAAAUUCAUCCUGAUAAUUUUGUUCAAGUAAAAAAAUAUGCAAAUCGUCUUAAGUAUUGUUAGCUAUAAAUAAUUUAAGGUAACAAAAAAAAAAAAAUGCAUUUAUAAACAAAAUGAGCGAAUCACAGUUUUAUUAUGCUGUUUAACUGUUGUACAGGAACAUAUACAACUGGAAAUUAAUAACCUUGUCUGCAAGCUAGUGUGUUUCUAUUAUUGCAAUAUUCCUCAUGAUGGUGCACAGGUACAUUUAUUAUUAUUAUUGUUUUUAUGUGCACAAUGACCCUCCCCUAUAACCAUUGUUUGUUUCUGUGUACACAGCGACUUGGUGUAUGUAUGUC